ACAGAAAGACACAACUUCCACAAGUGACGACUUCCCUCGUUUUAUUUUGAUGAAUAUCAUACCGUUUGAAGACCGGAAACUGGUUUGAGCUAAGUUUUGUAGACUAGAAAUUGACGCAAUGUCUCGUGUUUAUGACAACAAGCCUCUCCAAUCAAUUCCAGUUGAGAAUCACACAUGGGUGGGGUGUUGGAACCCAGCAAGGGACAACUUGUUGAACAAAGUUCCAGGUGGUCCGGGUGUUCUGAUGGAUGGAAUUCUAAUGGGAAGGUCUCGUCAUGUUAUCACAGAUUCAGAAAAACAAAAGUUUCGAUAUGUCGUGCUCCAAGUUAAACCAUCGGUUGUACACAAACGCAAAUUUGAUAAAACUAGCGGAGUUGAGAUUGAGCCAAACUUCAGUGACAAUAAAAAGGUCAACACAGGUCAUCUAAUGUCUUCUUAUAAAACAGAAGCCAAAGGUGUAUCGGACAAACUUACAACAUCAUCAGUCAGGGAUCUCAUCAACAGACCUGAGCUGAUCAAACUGACAUCUAAACAUGAUAAAGCUGAAUGUAUAGCACUGUGGGCAGAGGAACAACAAUUGGAUAGAAUUGAGCUUGAGAAUGGAGAUACAGUCAGACUGAAGACAGUUACUGAUUCACCUUUCAUAUUCUCAUUGGCGAAGCUAGACACAGUGACGAGCCAAGUCUCUAAUUACGCUGGAGGAGAGAAUGUUGGAGCAUCUUGGACAGAUAAAGUCAUGUCAAUGAAGUCACAUGAUUCAACUCAACCUGCUGACGAUGGUGCUGGUGCUGAUGAGGAUGAAUGGGACGAUUGAGAUCUGGAUCUUCACAAAGUUGCUGGUCAAAGGUGAAAAGAGCCCCCCCCCCUUGACCAAACGGGCAAAGGAGAAGUAUUAAUGCCUUAUGUAUUUUGAAAAGUAAUAAUUGUAUACAGUUUUUAAAUGAUGAGCAUUAUUCUUCCUACUUUUAAAAGUAUGUUUGACGUGAACAAAUCUGCAAAAGUAUCAUUAAAUAGCCUUCAAAUUAUGUUAAAGCAUACACUAUUCUGUAUAUGUAGGUCGGCCCUUGGAAAUAAAAUUGUUCUACUUCUUCCUAGAGCCUAGCCUUGCUCAAGGCAGUCACAUUAUUCACUCAAAAAAGACGCUGCUGUAAACCCACCUGUAUACACACAGUGUAGCGUGUAUAAUCACAUCGCACGACCCGACUUUCACCACUGACCAAUGGGGUCCCGCUUUUUCACGGGCAUUAUGGUAAUGAGUUGACCGUGGGAACUCUUUUUUGGCGCUUAUUAUAGUAAUGAGGUCAGUGGCUUCAACACGGACCCUACAAGGCUGUCAACCUACUGCCUAAGCAUGUGGAUAGCGUACGGGGGGCGUCAUGUCGUGCGUUGUGGUUUCACACAUAACGCACAGUGUAAUACGGGUGGGUUUUUACAGGGGCGUUUUUUCUGAGUGAAUCAUUCGUCUCCCUUAAGCAAGGCUACCUAGGGCCAAGUUUCAUGCCUGAAAUAUACAAAUUUAUUUAAGUAACUUCAAGACUUGGUUUAUUUGUUUUGUAUUGAAUUACUGUAUGCCUUAAGAACAAGAAUGUAUAACUAAUAUAAACAUUGGAUGCAUAUGAGUGGCUUAUUGCAUAAUAUAAUCACAAGAUGAAGUCUGGAUAAUUUCAUUUCACAAAGCUCGGCCUGUUGGAAUCAAAAAGCCAGAUUUCAAAGAGAAAUUAUAUUUUGCGCCAGUGUACGAAUUAAAUGCAUGAGAUAUUUAUUUUAUACAACUCGCAUAUAAAUCCUUGUCAAUUGAACAUUUUUUCCGAAAGUACAAAAUGGACAUGGAAACUUGUCCACCACAUACUCUGAAUAUUCUAUCAACCUUUUUGUAACAACCGAGACAACUCCAUGUAGACACAAACCUUGUCCAUUUUGACACAAUGUGAGAAUCCCAGCAGUAAAUUCUUGGCAAAUGACAAGGAUCUGUGUGUGGCUUAAAAUAAU